CCCCUAGCGGUAACCUUCUAUCUUGUUUACAGGAGCGCCAACAGAAGUGCGCUUAUGAAACCAAAGCAAAGCGGUAGCGCCGUUAACCCAAAUUAUCAGAGGAGAACUUGAUCAACCGCGAAUGGGUUUGGACAAGUUCUGCAGUGCGGACGGUUCCGACCCGUUUUGGGAUUGGAACCGUACGUGGCACGUGGGAAACCCAGAUCUGACCCAGUGCUUUCAGAACACAGUGCUGGUAUGGGUCCCCUGUCUCUACCUCUGGGUCUGUGCCCCAAUCUAUUUCCUGUACCUCAAAAGCCACGACCGGGGCUACAUAUGCAUGACCCACCUCAACAGAGCCAAAACCGCAGUAGGUUUUCUCCUGUGGAUCGUCUGCUGGGCAGAUGUGUUUUACUCUUUCUGGGAAAGAAGCCAACAUGACAGCGGUGCCUCCUCCUCCACCCAGGCACCUGUUUAUCUGGUCAGCCCCACCAUGCUCGGCAUCACUAUGGUAACAACCAACACUGUUUAUCUGGUCAGCCCCACCAUGCUCGGCAUCACUAUGGUAACAACCAACACUGUUUAUCUGGUCAGCCCCACCAUGCUCGGCAUCACUAUGGUAACAACCAACACUGUUUAUCUGGUCAGCCCCACCAUGCUCGGCAUCACUAUGGUAACAACCAACACUGUUUAUCUGGUUAGCCCCACCAUGCUCGGCAUCACUAUGGUAACAACCAACACUGUUUAUCUGGUCAGCCCCACCAUGCUCGGCAUCACUAUGGUAACAACCAACACUGUUUAUCUGGUCAGCCCCACCAUGCUCGGCAUCACUAUGGUAACAACCAACACUGUUUAUCUGGUCAGCCCCACCAUGCUCGGCAUCACUAUGGUAAAAACCAACGCUGUUUAUCUGGUUAGCCCCACCAUGCUCGGCAUCACUAUGCCCCACCAUGCUCGGCAUCACUAUGGUAACAACCAACGCUGUUUAUCUGGUUAG